CGUCAGGAGAGCACUGGCCAGUCUAGCUUGGGACAAAAAUGGCCAAAGAGACAGACAGCACCUGCCCUAUUUGCCAGGACACUCGGAAUGAUGUGGCUUCUGCUCUGCCCUGUCGCCACCAGUUCUGCCUGGGCUGCAUCCUGCGGUGGACAAGGAGAAAUCCAUCGUGCCCACUCUGCAGAAGAAUGAUAGAGACUGUCAGAUUUUCUGAGCAGAGUGAACAGGACUACAUACAGCUGGUCAUCGCCUCACCUGAAGAGUCACCAGAAGGCUAUAGACAGGCAGAGAGAGCUCCUGGCCACCUGGAGAUCAACAGUCCCCAUCUCCCUGUGGUGUCCCCUCCAUCUUCUCCACAGGAGACACUGUCCCCAGAUGAGCAAGGGGCUUCUAGGCUGGAACUUGUUGGUGACCUCCUGCCCGAGGUCUGGGCAGGACUUUUCCGUCAACAACAGCAGCUCCUGGAUCCCGUGCGGCCCUGGCUGCGCCAGAGGUUGGAGGGAAUAUACUGGGGCCGGUGGUGGUUGAUAGAGGCCACAGAGAGCUGCAUCCUGCGCUACCUCUGCAUCUAUGGUCCAGAUGCAGAGGUCUUGGUCCAGAGGCUGCUGAUCUUCCUGGAGGAGCACACAGCACUGCUGGUCCAUGGCCUCAUCAAUGCUAUUGCAGAACAGUGCAAUGAGGAGGCCAUGAGGCUGCUGCAUUCACAGGCUGUUGGGGAUGAGGAUAGCAGCCCAGCAGCCAGCACCAGCUCCAGCUCCAGCUCCAGUUCCAGCUGGUCCAUGUCCAGCAGCGCCCACACGGGCACUCCUGUCAGCUGCUCUGCGGGCUCCAAUGUGGAGGAAGAAACUGCUACAGUAGAGACUGCCCCCCACCAGGGUCCCAGCUGCCCCCAACCUGAACCCAUCCCUGUAGAGGAGGACCAGCCCCAGGAAGAGCCAGAGCAGGCAGCAGUGGCAGGUCCCUCUGCCCAAGGCAGCAGCCACAGCCACUCCACUCCUGGUCAGGGCAGAGGCUGCUCACCUGGAGCAGCCCGGUGUGCCCAGAAGAGGAGGGCUCCUAGCCCUCUGGGCUCUCCGAAGCCCAGCAAGAAGCCAUGA